UCCCUCUAAACGACGAAAUGAAUCCCAUCGCCAGCGUCAUCGCUUUAUGAUGGCGAAUGGCGACGGUUUUUGCGACGGAAUGUUUGUGCGUGUUUACCAUCCGUACCGUCUAGGAUUUAUUUCGUCGUAGCAACUGCACUACUUUUGCGUUCCACACCUCGGCGAUGCCAGUCGCGCUGUUCGUCGUACCACGGCUUAUCAGUGCGAAGAGAGCAAGACUCGGCUGACGCCAGACGCGUGAAGGCAUUGGUCCAGAGGUCGUGGCAAGGGCCAAUCAGGAACCAUGACAAGCCGCAGCCCUGACAUCUGGAAGGAUGCCCUCAACACCACCCUUGAAGAACCUUCUGACUCGGCCGCCGCGCGGACGGCAUCGCAGCUGAGCGUGUUUGAGAGCGGCCUGGAUGAGGAGACCAUCCUGGUGGCCAUGCGGGAGCUGCAGCGGGGGGCGGCAGACGGGGCCCCUCACCGGGAGGGGCCCGACAAGCACGGGGACGUCGAGGAUGGCCCGCCGCCGGAGGAGGAGCCCGGUUGCGUGUAUCUGGAGGGGUCGCGGCGCAAGGUGGACUUCAUCCUGGUCUACUCCCCGGCCAAGAACCAGGCCGUCAGGGACAUCUUCGAGGAAGAGCUGCUAAAGGCGGGGCUGCUGCUCGACUAUGUGCCACAGAACCAAAGCGGACUGUGCUACAUCAAGAUCCACGCACCGUGGGACGUGCUCAGCUGUUUUGCGGAGAUCAUGCGUCUCAAGAUGCCCGUCAAAGAGUGGAGCUUGAGGAUACAGGAGCGGAAUGCAAUGCUGGACUGUGACACAGUGGAAGUGGCCAGGAAAGGUCGACGAAGUCACAAGCAGUUUGCGGUCACCUUCUCUAUGUCCAAGGAAUACUUGUUCGACAUUCCGCCGUGUAAGGAGGACUUCUUCAGCUCUGCCCAGCGUGCCCAGAUCGUGCACUUCAUCCUGCAGCGCAAGUCGUUCUCGCGCAAGCGGGCCCACAAGAAGUAUGACUUUGGGGUGAGCCGUCUGCUGGCAGACGGGGUGUACCUGGCAGCCUUCCCCCUACACGAGGGCAGCUCGGACUCCAAGGGGGAGGGCUCCCCCAGGGCACAGCUGCGGAAGCAGUGGGCGUCCCUCCUCGCCCUCUUCAGGGGGCAGCCGCUCGACCACAUACGGCGCUACUUUGGGGUCAAGGUCGGCCUGUACUUUGCCUGGCUGGGCUUCUACACGUACAUGCUGAUCCCGGCGUCCGUGGUGGGCCUCGCCUGCUUCCUCUAUGGCGUGUUCACCCUGUCCUCGCACGUGCCGGUGCGGGAGAUGUGCGCCGACCGGGGCAGCCUGCUCAUGUGCCCGCUGUGCGACAACGGCUGCGAGUACUGGCGCCUGCAGGACAGCUGCACCCAGGCCAAGCUUAGCUACCUGUUUGACAACGGGGCCACGGUGUUCUUUGUGGUCUUUAUGUCCGUCUGGGGUGCCGCCUUCCUGGAGCUGUGGAAGCGCUACUCGGCCAGGAUCACCUACCAGUGGGACCUCUCCGGGUUCGACACUUUGGAGGAGAAUGCCCGGCCAGAGUACCUUGCCCGGCUGUCCAAGAUCAAGAAGCGAGACAUUGAACUCAUUCAGCAGGACACGUCCAGCGAUUCGGUGCCCUUCUGGAAAGUCAAGCUGCCCUACAGCAUGCUGUCCUGCUCCGUCAUCCUCCUCCUGGUGCUAUUGGCGGUGGCAGCGGUGGUUGGAGUGAUUGUGUACCGGAUGUCUGUGAGAGCCACGCUGGCGCUGAGCAACGACGAGAUGUCCAGCUUCAUCCCUCUCAUCACGUCCACCACGGCCGCCCUGCUCAAUCUUCUCUGCAUCCUUCUCUUCAACAUGGUCUACACACGUCUCGCCGUCUGCCUUACCGACAUGGAAAUGCCCCGCACCCAGACUGAGUACGACGACAGUCUGACCCUCAAGAUGUAUCUGCUGCAGUUUGUGAACUGCUAUUCAUCCAUCUUCUACAUUGCUUUCUUCAAGGGAAAGUUUGUAGGACGUCCUGGGAAGUACAACUUGUUCCUCAACUAUCAGCAAGAGGAGUGUGGCGCCGGGGGCUGCUUCCUGGAGCUGUCGAUCCAGCUGGCGAUCAUCAUGGUGGGCAAGCAGGCGUUUGGGGCCCUCUCGGAGCUGGCACUGCCCUACGCCAUGCGGCUCUGGUCCCACCUGUCCCUGAUCAGGGGCACCCCCAAGGACGCCCGUCUGCCCAAGGAGCCCUGGGAGAGGGACUACACCCUGCCCGACAUGGGCACCACAGGGCUCUUCCAGGAAUACCUGGAGAUGAUCCUGCAGUAUGGCUUUGUGACGGUGUUUGUGGCGGCGUUCCCGCUCGCCCCGCUGUUUGCCCUUCUGAACAACACGCUGGAGAUCCGGCUGGACGCGCUGAAGCUCCUCGGCUCGUACCGGCGUCCCGUCGGGGUGCGGGUGCGCGACAUCGGCAUCUGGUACCGCAUUAUGGAUUCCUUGGGCAAGCUGGCCGUCCUCACCAACGCAGUGAUCAUUGCCUUCACCUCGGACCUGGUUCCCCGGAUGUACUACCGCUGGAAGGUGUCUCCCGAGGGGAGCCUGGAAGGCUUCGUGGACUUCAGCCUGUCCUACUUCGACGUCCGAGACUACGGGGAGAACGUGCGGCACGGCAACACCUCCGGGCUGCUCGGUGCUCGCUACUGCAGGUAUUCAGACCACCGGACACCACCCUGGGUGGAGAACCAGUACAAACGGACAGCCCAGUACUGGGAGAUUCUUGUCUGGAAGUUUGCAUUCGUGGUCAUCUUUGAGAACCUGAUUGCCACCCUGAUGACCUUGAUCCGCUGGGUCAUUCCAGACGUGCCCAAGUCCAUCCGCGAGAAGAUCCGAGAGGAUAAUAAGCUCACCAACGAGAUCAUCAUCCUGCAGGAGCUCAGAAGGCGACAUGCCAUAGACCCAGUCCCCGUCUGAGGCCCCACAAUGCCCAGAGUAACGCCGGCAUAAUGCCAAUGUAAUGCCGGCUAAAUUCCAAGGAGGCCUCGGUGGCGACGGGCCCCUUUUGCCACUGCCUUCGGCAAGCAAGUAUGGGGCCAGAGACUUAUGGGACGUGCCAAAGAGCUUCCUGCGUGCGAUGAAACCUCUUCCUCAGGGAAAGCCCCAGUCAAACGGCACCGCCAUGCUAAGCCACCAACUUCCUUGGUAGGAAGGCACAUCACUUUCGCCUGGAGUCACUGGAAGUUGUCAGGGUAUGGAACUUGUUCACACGGAAAGAAUGAAAACACUGAAAAUAUACAAGAGACUGACACACACAAUUCUUUCAUGUAUGGGCGGGAAUGAAAGAAGUGUGUGUGUCUGUCCCUUGUAUAUUUUCAAUGUUGUUAUUCUUUCCGUGUGAACUGUAGUCCAUCCAAUGUGCUCUGCUACGUGUAUGGAACUUGUAUGGAACUUGUCAUUGUGCUGCUGUUGUCCGAACCCUGCCUUUUCAGCCUUAUAUCAACAAGCACCACGGUCAGUGCUACUUGGACUUCGAAGAUACAGCGACAUGGAAGUUGUACGGCUUUCAUACCAUUUUUGUCAUACUUGAGACGAGCCAUCUGUGAUGGGACAAAAGAAAAGAAAUAGCAUACCCCGAGAUUAUUUUAGUGUCUCUAGGUUUGUCUGUACAUAUAUAUAUGCUAACUUUGCCGCUGGAUCAAGUGUACAGUACUACUAACGUUUGUUCGAUUUUCGAGCCUACUGAAUCUCGCAGCAUUGCGGCGUGCAUCGAGGCUACAUGCUUCUAAGUACAUUACUGCAUUAUCCCUGGGUUUCUGUGCAAUUCAAGCAUGCCCGCUACCCGCCUUGCCAGCGACGUUAGUCUGCUUUUUCAAAUGUUCCUUCGGAGGCUAGGCUAUCGUGAUCUUGUAUCUGCCGUCGGCAGACGACACUCUCAAUUGUUAACCUGCAGGCCAAAUGUACUUGUAGCGCGUGUUUUUACUAAAACAUUUUACGGGCUAUCCCAAACAUUUCUUACACCGUGAAGUCAGCUCAAAAAAGUGGAAGGAAUGUUAAGUUUCUUCCACAACUGCGUUUUAGUGGUAAUUUUUUUACUUCCCGAAACUCGCAAGCACCAUCUAUAUUUAUAAAAAAAAAAGAACUAGGUUGAAGGUUCCCAUUUUCUAACGAUUGGGACCGUUAAAAAAUGCAUCAAUUUCUAAAGCUGCACUUUGGAAUUCCACCAGGUGAAUGCAACGACUUAAAUGCAGCUCAGGGGAACCUUUUGGAUUGGGUUGCCGACGUUUAGGGAUCAAUGGGUGCUGUGCGGGUAAGACACGUUUGUGAUGUGCCAUCCAUGUAUAUACAUGUACGGCCGUUGUCUAGUUAUCAAAGCUUUAUUCGUCGUUGCACCAUUUCAUUGUUGCGCAGUCUCCCGGCGCGAGGUCGGGAUUGUUGUACGUGUUGUCUCGUGAAUAAAGACGGUGCCAUUGCA